GCCUCAGCCCCGCCCCGAGCGGCGGUGGCGGCCGCCUGAGCCCGGUGCCGCGCGGCCCGUCCGGAAUGGCCGCCCCGUGGGUUCUGCCCGCGCCUCUCAGCCCGGCGCAGCUGAAGCGCCUGGAGCAGCACCGCUACAGCUCGGCCGGGCGCUCGCUGUUGGAGCCCUGGCUGCAGCCCUACUGGGGCUGGCUGGUGGAGCGGCUCCCGCCGUGGUUGGCCCCCAACGCCAUCACCCUCGGCGGCCUCCUGCUCAACUGCCUCACGGCGCUGCCGCUCAUCGCCUCCUGCCCCACCGCCACCGAGCAGGCACCUUUUUGGGCAUACAUCCUGGGUGCAUUAGGACUUUUUAUCUACCAGUCUCUGGAUGCCAUUGAUGGGAAGCAAGCCAGAAGAACAAACAGUAGCUCUCCUCUAGGAGAGCUCUUUGAUCAUGGUUGCGACUCAAUUUCUACAGUUUUUGUUGUCCUUGGAUCCUGCAUAGCAAUCCGACUAGGAACAAACCCUGACUGGUUGUUUUUCUGUUGUUUUGUGGGACUGUUCAUGUUCUAUUCUGCUCACUGGCAGACAUAUGUAUCAGGCAUAUUAAGGUUUGGAAAAGUUGAUGUAACUGAAGUUCAGAUAGCCAUAACGAUGUUGCUAUUGGUGUCUGCAUUUUGUGGAACGGCAGUAUGGGACUAUAAGGUGCAUUUGGUAGGCCUAGAACUGAAGUUCUUUGCAGUUGUUGGCAUACUGUGUGGAACAGCAGUUUCAUGUUUCAAUUACUUCCGCAUCAUCUUUGGUGGAGGAGUUGGAAAGAAUGGAUCUACAAUAGCAGUGGCUCACAUGACGAAAAGUGAAAUCAGUCUUCAAGACACUGCAUUCAUUGGACCAGGACUUCUCUUUUUGGACCAGUACUUCAAUAGUUUCAUUGAUGAAUAUGUUGUUCUAUGGAUAGCAUUGUUCAUAUCCUUGUUUGAUAUGCUGAGAUAUGCCACUGGUGUAUGCCUACAGAUUGCUGCUCAUCUUCAUAUACAUGUCUUCCGAAUUUCAUCUCAUCAAGCUCCUGAACAGGUUCAGAACCAUAAUGACUGAUUAAAUAGGUCAAGGAGAAAAACAGUUAGCGGAAUGCUGAAUGAAGCAACCUCUCUGGGAAAACAGAUUAAGCUUUUCAGUAAACUAGUUUCAUGAGAAAACAACUCAUGCUAUCCCAGAAAUUACCAGAUGCUAGAUUACUAAAUACAAAGUCAUGCAGAUUGUACUGUGAUUAACAGUUUUGAAACAGGGUCUCUUUCUGUGUUCUAGACACUGUAGCUGUUACUUCAUACAAUAACUAUCACAUCUGAAACUUUUGUUAUCUCCUGUUAAGUACCCUUAAUAAUGUAUUUCUGGUCUCAGACUGUGAACUGCAAACCAAGGUGCUACAAACCAGAGUCGUAAGAGAGGUUUUAUUUUUUCCUAAAGCAAGUAACUGAUUUUCUAACAUUAGUUUCUGAAGUAUUCUGCUGUGAAGCGAUAGUCAGAGGUCACAAUGGAUACAGUACUGCAUUGUCAAGACUGGUAAAAAUGAGGGAUCCAUGAGGUAAAACUAGUAAUCUGCUCUGAUACUUCCAGAGAGCAGGAUACUGCACCAGUAAGAUGAAGGAAACAGAGGAAAAUUUUCUUGUUCUCUAUUUAAAAAUACUGUUGUCAGUGCCUUUAGGAUUCAUGCAUUCUCUAGUAUCUAACUUACUGUUACUAAACACAGCUGUAGCUUACAGGUUGUUUUUUUAAGGGCAGUUUCUGGUUUUUGUGAUUAUAAUGAGGUUUGCCUCACUGUACCCAUUAUUUAGGCUGUAGACAACUGGGUACUGCAGGACUGUAGCUUCACCUACCCUAAUUUUUAUCUGUGAAACUGUAUAAGUUGAAUGACUAAGUUCUUUGAACUUUAAUGGCUGUUAGACUGUGACAAUGCAUCACACCCAAAUAUGACAAUGCAACCUACCUGUGUGUAACUAAUUCCUUCUGAAGUACGUUUGCUAUUGCUGUAUUAAUUUCUGUUGUAAUUUAAUUUAUCUUGUUACUGUCACUGUACUUUAUCCAAACGAAACUAUAAGGAACUAAAACCUAACGUAUAGUAAAACUCUACAAAAUAGGUCAGUCCUAAUAUCAGCCUUUUUUCUUUUCAUUAGUGAAAAGAUCAAUUAAGGUAGCUUACUGUCUGUACUAGAAAAUUACAACUUGCACACAAAACCUAAAUGCUCAAGCUCCUUUAAAGAGGUAAUACAUUAAUAUUAUUUUGUGAGAAGCUGCUGAAUGUACAUGUUGUCACUUUUACUUGCUGCCAUGUAGCUGAGCUUUAAGUUCAUAAAGAUGUUACUGAAUUGUACAAUAAAGAAUGCUAUUAUUUGUUUCAAAAAUAUUACACUGCAGCUUCCUAGCUGCUGAAUUCAGAAAGCCUGCCUGAGAUACUCAAAGACCUUAAAAAGCAGGGGACAGAAAAUACUGUGCAACAUGUUCCCCUGAGACCUCAGAAAUGUAGUAUAGCAUUAGGUACAAAUAGUUAUAAAGUUAUGGUAGAGGUAAGGAAAUGCUAGGAAACGAGUGCAGAAGUCAGUUGGAAAGCCAGAAACAAGACGUAAUGGCAACAAAUAAUCCAGUAUGGAAGAGUGGAAGCAAAAACUGUUAACUGUAUUGCAUAGCAUCAUCUAAUUAUCCUUAAAGGGCAGAGACUGAACACCACUGCUAAAAUUAGCAUUGCUAGUUAUCUGAUACUCACCAUGGACCCAUACUACCUCAUGCAUCAUUCCAGCAAUGUAAUUUCUGUGUUUGCUCUGUCCCUGAGUGCCAUCUGACACAAAACAAGACAGCCCCAUACCGGCUACUUCCUCAAUUUCAGUUGCAACCUACAAACUGAAUUCUCUGUAAAUUAGCUAUCACUAAUCUGGCUCUUGGCACUGAUGAGCAGUCAUCAGAUAUCUUGGUUCUGAACUAAAAAUCAUAGUAAGCUGCAGAUAAGAAGGUGCAUGGUCUGGUUUUGAAAUACAUUGUUUUAAAGUAAUCAGAUCUGCUUGUGUGGGUGGUUUUUGUGUUAUCUACUGUGAAACCUAACACGUAGUUUAGGAACGACCUAAUUUGUAAAAGUGGAUGUUCAAGCAUAAUGGCUUUCUGUAAAAACAAACUACAUGCAAGCUAGGCUGGCUGUUUUAAUUCAUAUUCAUUGACUGUAAUGAGAUGCAUAAAUGAAAAAUGCUUUAUUCUUAAAACAGACCUCCCUGAACUGCUAGUCAUUUGAAACUACAAGACUUAAUAUUCCAUUUCAAGUAAGUGAGAUAGAUUACCUCAACAGAGGUGUACAGAAAUAUAUAACCCAAAAUGCAUGCAGUAAUAUUCUAUUAUGCUUACUUGAGCAGAUGUCCUGUAAAGCUGUGGUACUAAGCUCAGUAUUCAAUUAAAGAAACUUGCUUUUUGGACAAGUUACAGCAGUUGAUAUAUCUCUUAUUGUAAAAAGAAAUCACAAUGACUAACCUGACAGAAGGCCUCACGUUUCAUUUACCAUAACAUACAUCAUUAAACCACCUUUCAUAAUCCGUGAACUUUAACUGCUGACAGGUCUAGAGGCUAUGUGUUGAAACUAUGGAAGUCUUGAAGCUCUGGCUUUUGUAAAAGGCUUCUACUUGCAGUGUACCCAGAUUUGUUAAGUUACUAUGCAAAAUUCUGUCUUUUUUUUUCAUUAAUUCUACCUAUUGUUUCAACUGAGUAUUAUAAAAAGUGAAACAAUUGAACACUCCACUGCUAAUGAAAGUAAAUAUUAAUUGGACAGACCAUAAUUGGUUUGGGGUUUUUUCCCCUUAGUAACAAAUUUACUAAUAUACCUUCUUACAACAUUAUCAGACACAAGAUUAGAACAAUCCAUUAAAGUAUUUAAUAGGAACUUUAAAACACUUACUUAAAUCUUAAGAUAACUUCUUCAUGGCUAACGCCUAUACUUGUAUCGUGUUACUUAGGUACAAGUUGUUUCUCCAUUGAGCCAUCAGAAUAACAUGGACUGAAGAGACUUGCGAACAGUUGCCAUCUCCUGCUGUUGCUGUUACAAGAAAAGGAGAUAAUUCUGAACAGACGCCAUACCAAAGAUUCCUUAAUCUAAUUAAAUGAAUGUCUAACGACUUCCUUA